UAUAAGUUUACUGUAAGAUAAUAUCGUAGCAUAUUGCGUCCAAAAUUGUUAUACUGAAGUUGGAACAAUCAUGGAGAAUCCAAAAGUUUACAGUGAGUUUGAUAAAGUACAAAAGAACAGAAUAUCAUCUAUAAUCGAAGAAUUUGGCGAAGAUUUAAUAAAUAUACAUGGAAAGUGUAUGGACAUUGGCUGCGGUCCUGGAGAUAUAACGAAAGAAUUUCUAUUACCCUCUCUUGGCUCAAAUGCACAUAUAAUUGGUACGGAUAUUUCGGAGAGCAUGAUCAAAUAUGCGAGUGAGACAUUUACUAUGAAAAAACAUCUUCAAUUUGAAAUAUUGGACAUUGAAACUAAAAAUUUGCCUAAGAAAUAUAUUUCUGAAUUUGAUCAUAUAUUUUCGUUUCAAACUUUGCAAUGGUGCAGCGAUAUUCGACAAGCCUUCGAGAAUAUUUAUCAAAUGCUAAAACCUAAUGCAACUAUGCUUGUGUAUAUAAUAGCAUCUCAUGAUUUAUUUGAAGUUCUCAAAUUUUUGGAGCAAGACGUCUGCUUUGCACAAUAUAUACCUAAUACAAUGAAAAAUAUUUCGCCAUAUCAAGAGUCAAAAAAUGCUCGCAAAGAGUUAAGAGAAUUACUUCAAAAUAUUGGAUUUACAGUUCGUCAUUGCAGUCUUCGGGAGAUAAUCUACUCCGAUGAAAAACCGAUGGUAGAACAAUUUUUAAAUUCUCUAAUGUGCCUCUUGACAUUUCUUGAAGACAUGCCAUAUGACCUAAUGAAAAAAUUCAAGAAUAAACUUACAUAUGAAUAUAUGAAAAGAAAGAUUUUUUAUAAAUCAAUAUAUAAUAAGCAAGAACUUGUAUUAGAUCGAUGUAAAGCGUUAGUAGUGUAUGCACAAAAGAAUUAUACUUUAUAUAACAACUUACAAAGGAAAAAAGCAUUUGAUUUAAUUGAUGAAUUUGAGGAAUAUCUAAAAAGUGUAUCUGGAAAAUGCAUUGAUAUAGGUUGUGGACCUGGAGAUAUAACAAAAGAUAUGGUUUUACCGGCUCUUGAUUCAAAUGCAGUAAUAAUUGGUACAGAUGUGUCAAAAAACAUGAUUGAUUAUGCAAAUAAAAAAUACAGUGUGCCGAAAAAACUCGAAUAUGAUGUUUUAGAUAUACAAACUAAGAAUUUGCCUACAAAAUACAUAUCUGAAUUUGAUUUCGUAUUUUCAUUCCAUGCUUUACAUUGGUGUAAUGACAUAAAACAGGCAUUUGAGAAUAUUUAUCGCAUGCUUCAACCCAAUGGAACUAUGCUUAUACUUUUUGUAGCAUCUCAUAAUAUAUUUAAGGUUUUAGAAAACUUAGCAUACAAUGCUCGUUUUGCAUCAUAUAUAAAAGAUAUAAAUAAGUACAUUUGGCCAUUUCAAAAAGCAGUCAAUCCUCGCAAGGAAUUAAAAAAACUGCUUGAAACUGUCGGAUUUACCGUUAAUCAUUGCAGCCAUCGAGAAACAUACCAUUUUGAUGAAAAUCCGGAUAGAUUUUUUGCCUCUAUUGUGUCCUUCCUUGAUUUCAUUGAAGAUAUGCCACGCAAUAAGAAAGAAGAAUUUAAAAAAGGAUUUGCGCGGAAAUAUGCAGAAACACAUAUUAUCUGUAAACAAAAAAAGAAUCAGAACACUGUAUUAGACGCAUAUCGUGUACUAACGGUUUUUGCUCAAAAGCGUAUGCCAUAA